AUGAUGUUCAUGAAUAAGGAUUCCGACACGAUCUUAUGCCGCACAUUCCCAAUUUUUCUAGAUGGAGCCGCUCUGAUUUGGUUUUCCAACCUCCUUGAAGGCUCCAUUUCUAACUUCGACGAACUAGCAGACCAGUUCGUCAACCACUUCGCCGCAUCUAAAAUAUACGUCCAUAACUCUGACUACCUAAGCACCAUCAAGCAGGGACUGAACGAAAGCCUAAAAGACUACAUGACCAGGUUUGCUGAAGCAAUCAACAAAAUACCUAACCUAAACCCCGAAGUCCAUCUCCAUGCCUUGAAGAGCGGCCUCCGACCAGGGAAAUUCCAAGAAUCCAUAGUCAUUGCAAAACCAAAAACCCUGGCCGAGUUCCACAAAAAAGCAACUACCCAAAUCGAGGUGGAAGAAUUCCGAGCAUUACAAAGAGCAGAUAAACCUACCCCAAACAAAGACAAAGAAAGGCGAAACAGACAAUCAAACAACAGAACGGAUACGAGAACGUUCAGGCUAACACCCAAAUUCGACAACUACACCCUCUUCAACGCAAAAUGGGAGGACAUCAUAAAAGAUAUAUUGCACUCAAAACUUAUCAAACCCCUAAACAGGGCCGGUACAUAUCAAGACCAUCGUCAUGUGGAUAGAUCAAAGUAUUGUGCCUUCCACCAGAAGUACAGCCACACCACGGACGACUGCGUAAUAGCCAAGGACGUCCUCGAAAAGCUCGCCCGCCAAGGACUACUGGACAAAUAUAUUGACAGCCGAGGAAGGAAGCGAAGCACAGACGAUCUCGGCCAACAAUCCAAAUCGACCGACAACUCCCGAGAUAAAGGGAAAAAGGUAGAUAACGAUAUCAAUCCACCGCGUAGAAUAAUAAACUGCAUUUCUGGUGGUUUUGCAGGUGGCGGAUUCGAUAAGGACAGACCGGAAAUCUCAUUCGUCCCCAAAGACUACAAAGCAAAUGAUCGAAACCUAGAUGACCCGGUUGUCAUCACAGCGCAAGUCGGGGAACCAUUAGUAAAGAAGAUCCUAAUGGACCCAGGAAGCAGCGCCGAUGUACUUUUCUACUCAACUUUCCAAAAGAUGAAACUCAACGACAAGAAUCUCCAACCAUAUUCCAGAGAACUGGUAGGUUUCUCAGACUGCAGAAGUCCAUAUAACAUCAUUUUAGGCAGACCAUCCUUGAACGCAUUCAAUGCUAUUGUUUCUACUGUGCAUUUGUGUGUUAAGUUUCUUUCACAGGACAACAAAGUCAUCACUAUCCACGGAGACCAGAAAGACGCCAGACAGUGCUAUAACGCCAGUCUGAAAGACGAACUGCCAAAACAACCCGAACAGCAAUACGUUCAAGCAGUAUAUAACUCGGAUCAACUGCCUGCCCUGGCCAACUUGGACCCCAGAACCAACCAUCAAGAGCGGCCGAUGCCAACAGACGAUCUAACCAAGAUCCAAUUAACCGAGAACGACCAAUCCAAGUACACAUACUUCGGCAACGCACUUAAGGCAGAAGAACGGGACCAACUAACCGAGCUAUUGAGACGCAAUGUUGACCUAUUUGCAUGGAUCCCGAUAGACAUGCCAAGAAUAGAUCCUAAUGUAAUUUGUCAUAAGUUGGCCAUCAAUCCAACAGUCCGACCUAUAGCCCAAAAGAAACGACACCUCGGCACUGACAAGAGAGCAACCUCCUUGGAAGAGACUCAAAAGCUACUCAACGCCGGCUUCAUCAAAGAACUCAGAUACUCCACUUGGCUAGCCAAUGUGGUAAUGGUAAGAAAGAAUAAUGGUAAGUGGAGGAUGUGUGUGGACUAUACAGACCUUAACAAGGCCUGUCCAAAGGACGCAUGA